CCGGCUCCUGGGCUGCACACGGCGCGCCUCGCCCCGCGCCGCCGCGAACCGUCUGGCGCGCUUUUUUCUGCUUCGACCCGUUCCAAGCUGCUUCGCGGCCUCGCCGCCGGAAUGUUGCAGCCGCGCAGAGGCCCCGGGGACGAGCCGGCGACCUCUCCAGGUGCUCGAGACCGCGCCCGGCCGCGGGAGGAUGACGGCGCCUUCGCCGGAGCGGCGACGGGCUCGGAGCAGAGCCAGGAGUUCAGUAGGCUGGGUUCCGCCUGCCCCGCCUUCAGCAGCGCGCUGUCAGCCCGCAAGCGCGCGGAACAGGACGCCGUCCUGCUGGCCAACCGCAUCCGCCUUCUGAGGGCCGAGGAGGAAAACACCCGAAAGAAGAUCCGGGAGACGGAGAAGCAGACGACGGAUAUACUGGAAGCAAGGCGGCGCAAUGAGGAGCACCGGCUAGUCAAGGAG